ACAUUUAGACAAUGGUCAUUCAAUAAUUUAUUUAUUGUUGUGUACAUUUUCAUAUUGUUUGUAAUUGAUUUGUAAUAUUGUAAUGAAUUUCCAUUGUGUAUUGAAACAUGAGCGCAAAACUUAAAGCUAUGCUAUUAGAUCAGGCGGUCAAUCAAGCAUUAACGAAAGAAUACCCUAUAAAAAGUAUCAAGAGCACUCAUGUAUCAUACCAACAUGCACAAAAUGUUUAUAUUGUUAAAAUGAACUCAAGACCAGAAUCAUUAAAUAUACUCAAAUCUGAUGUAAAUUCGGAAGAAGCAUUAACAUUUAGAAUUGAUCGUAACCUUGUAAUUAAGAAUGUCCUUGAUAGCAUAAAACAAAAUGAAUAUGAUAUAACUUCAAAUCCUAAGAAAGUUGUUAUUGAUUUCAGUUCCCCAAAUAUAGCUAAACCAUUUCAUAUGGGUCAUAUGAGAUCAACAGUAAUUGGCAAUUUCAUUGCUAAUAUCAAUACACAUUUUAGAAAUCAAGUAACAAAAAUUAAUUAUUUAGGUGACUGGGGGACUCAAUUUGGUCUCCUACAAUAUGGUUUAAAAUUAAAAAACAUAGAUGUUAAUACUUUGAAAAAUAAUCCACUACAAACUUUAUACAAUAUUUAUGUUGAGGCAAAUAAAUUAGCAGAGAAGGAUAAAAAUAUACAAAUUGAUGCUGUUAAAUACUUUGCUGAAAUAGAAUCUGGUAAAAUGGAUUUGCAAAAUUGGAAACAAAUUAAAGAAAUAACAGUUAAAGAAUUAGAGAAAUUGUAUUUACGAUUACGAAUAAAGUUUGAUCUAUUUGAAUGGGAAUCUGACUAUAAUAGUCAAGCGAUCAGGCAUAUAAUCAAAGAGUUAGAAGAUGCAAAUAUCGUAACAACCCAUGAAUCAGGAAAAAAGAUUGCUUAUGUUAAUAAUAGGAAAGUUACACUGGUUAAAAGUGAUGAUUCUUCAUUAUAUUUAACUAGAGAUAUAGCUGCAUUACUCAAUAGGUAUGAAACCCACAAAUUUGACAAAAUGCUUUAUGUUGUAGACAAUGCCCAGGCAGAUCAUUUUGUUUCUUUAUUUGAUAUUAUGAAAAGAUUGAACAAAAAAUGUGCUACUGCUUGUGAACAUGUAAAAUUUGGAAGAAUUAGGGGCAUGAGUACAAGACGUGGUAAUGUUGUCUUUCUUAAUGAUAUAUUGGAUGAAGCAAAAACCAAGAUGUAUGAUCAGCAGCUACAAUCUAAGAACACUCGGACAUCAGCAAUGAAUGAUGAAACCUGUGAUAUUCUCGGAAGCACUGCUGUUAUUAUCAAUGAUUUGAAGCAAAGGAGACAAAAAGAUUAUGAGUUCAGUUGGGAUAAAGCUUUGCAAAGUGAAGGGGACAGUGGAGUGAAGCUUCAAUACCUUCAUUGCAGACUCAAAAGUUUGGAGAAUAAUUCGGAAGUGCCUGUGCCUGACUUUUGUAACCCUGAAUGUUUACCUGAAGAAAUUAUUGGUGAUGUUAUUGCCGAACUGGCUAGAUUUGAUGAUAUACUUAAAAAGGCUUAUGAAGAGAAUGAAGCAUGUAUUUUAGUAAAUUAUUUAUUCAGAUUAUCAAGAUAUGUAAAUAAAAUGUUUAAUAAAAUCAUAGUGAAGGGUGAAAGUAAUGAUGUUGCCUCACAAAGGCUUCUUGUAUUUUACUGUGCUAGACAAGUUCUGAAAACUUCUCUUAAUAUUUUAGGAAUAAAACCUCUGUAUGAAAUGUAAUAAUAAUAAUAGCCUUUUACUAAGAUAAACAAUAUUAUUUUUAUAUUUAACAAUAUUAUUAUUAUAUUUUUUGUAUAGUUAAUUGCCAGUCGGCAAAAGACCCCUCCAACCACUUCCAUUCCAGUAUUUCGUCUGUGGCUCUAUUCCAAAUUAUUAUUAUUAUUAUUCUCCCGCCACUUGUCUGAUGUCUCAUUCCAACUUUAUUCUGAUGACACUUAAAUCAAAUCAAAAUCACUUCAUUCAUGUAGGUCAAAAAAAUUAUAGCAAUGAAUGUCAAAUAUUUCUCAUUUUUACGUUUACCAUUACUUAUAUUAUUUACAUCAAAUUUACCUUCAAUAUAUUUAUUUCCAUUGUGUGCUGACGGAUUCCAAGUUAGCCAUGUUUUGUGAAUCCUAAUUUUGACUGAUUUAUCUACUUAAGACCAGGAAUUAUGCAGGUGUUAAAUAAUUUGCACUUCAUACUUGUAUGAAGCUCUCAUUUCAAAGAAAUAUAAGCUAUUAGUUAAAAAAGUGUUA